AUGGAGGAGAUGGUAAACAUGAACAACGUCGAACAGUACAACUGGAAAGACAACUUUGAUAUCAACAUCCGUUUUUUGAGAAAAAUGGGCUUGUGGCCAGAGGGCGAAGGAACUUAUAAACCAGGUUUCUACAUGUUUUAUUCUGCAUUCAUGGUAACUUUAUUCCCCACAUGCCACAUUUUAUCAGAAAUCGUUGAUAUGUACAUCCUUCGUGAUAAUCUGGAAGCCGUGGUAGGAAUAAUCUACGUAACUCUCAUAGAAGUGAUGGCAUGGAUUAAAAUCUACUUCGUCAUAACACGAAUUCAAGUUCUUAAAGAACGCAUGGAAAAUUUAAAAGCUGACUGGUUUCAGCCGAAAGAUCGAGACCAACUUCUGAUGAUCGAACCAAGUAUCAAUUUCUGGAAAAUUGUGUAUAAGAUGUUGCUAGUUACUUGCUUCGCCUGCAACUUUUUUUGGUUGAUACCUCUUCUAAUCCGGCGCAAAGACGAGAAAAAUUUACCUUUUCUGGCUUGGUAUCCAUUUGAUUGCAGCAAUUCACCAUAUUUUGAAAUAACUUACGUUUAUCAAAUAUGCAGCACGAGUUAUUGUACACUAGUUCACACAAAUGUGGAUACGUUGAUUUCUGGUUUCAAUGUCUACAUUGGUUGUCAAUUUGAUAUGUUGAGCGAUAAUCUGAGAGGGAUGGUGGAAAAGCGUGCCAAAGACGAAAUUCAAGCCAGAAGCAAUUUGAUAAAGUGUGUCAUCUACCAUAAGCAAAUUUUGAGGUAA